UUCAAACCACCAUUGAUUGAAGCUCGAAAUCACUACAUUCGAGCACCCUCCAAAUACCUUUAAGCUGAAAAGAUGGGAUCAUCAUUUUCUUUCUUGAAACCACAACGUCCUAAAUUCUCUCUAGCCGAUAUCCGGUUGGCCACCAACAACUUCAGUGAAGAAAUCGGAACCGGUGGUUUCGGUAAAGUAUACAAAGGCUCCAUCGACAACGGCCAAACGGCCGUGGGUGAAGCGGCGAAAUGCGUGGUCCCUGCAAGGCCAGAGCGAGUUCACCAAGGAGAUUGAAACCCUAACUGAGAUCCGGCACCGUAAUAUAGUUUCUCUCAUUGGCUACUGUGACGAAAAGGGAGAUAUGAUUCUUAUCUAUGAGUAUGUGGCCAAUCAUUCACUCAAGCAUCACCUCAACCAGUCAAGGGUGGGCGGUGCCUCGCUCACGUGGCGCCAACGGAUUAAUAUAUUGAUCGGAGCUGCUCGGGGCCUGUGUUAUCUUCACGAACACACUCCCAACAGCUCAGUCAUACAUCGGGAUGUGAAGAGUGCAAAUAUCCUUGUAAAUGAGAAUUUUGAGGCUAAAGUUGCGGGUUUUGGCCUGGCCAGACAUGUAGGGUUUGAUGUAAGCCAUGUGAGUACGGGUCCUAGGGGCACGGAUGGGUAUGAAGAUCCACAUCAUAAAAGCUAAGCUCCGGUGGUAAGCUAACUAGGGCGAGUGACACAUAUGCUUUUGGCGUGGUGGUGUUGGAAGUAUUGAGUGGGAGAAAAGCACUUGAUGGAUUAGUGUACCUCUCCAAUUGGGAUUCGAUAGGGAACCUCACGAGAUUGUAGACUCAAAUGUGAGUGGAAAUAUCUCAGAUAGGAGCCUUAAGAUAUGCUAUGACACCGCUAAAACAUGCUUGCUUUAUGAACCAAAGCAACGGCCGAUAAUGAGAGAGGUUUUAACCCAGCUUGAGUCAGCCCUUGUUGGGUUAGAGCUAGAAGUUUCCAAAGAAGAGAUAAUUUCCAUCACUGCUAACUUUAGCAUGCCGUGUGGAAGAAGUGUAUUCCGUGGAACCCUUAAAACUGGACAGCCUGCAGCAAUCAAAAGGCUCGACACGAAUCUGCCACACCAAGAAAUUCUAACUAAGGUUUCAACAAUAUUUGGUCUAAAGCAUGAAGAUGUGGAUAAGCUAUUUCACUAUUGUGUGGACGAUGAUCAGCAUUUCUUGGUGUAUGAGUUUGCACCGCGAGGGUCCUUAGAAAACAUUCUUUAUGGUUGGUUCAUCAUAAUCUGUAUUUAUAAGAGAUGUUCCUUCUUUGAUAUUGUUGUUAUGCAACAGGCUCUGCCAUGGGCCCAGCGAAUCAGAAUUGGUGUUGGGGUUGCAAGGGGCUUAUGCUACUUGCAUAAGAAGAACUUGAUGCAUUAUAUGAUCACAUCCAACAGUGUUUCAGUUUUUGACGACGGAACUGUUAAGAUAACUGAUACUUAUCUCUUUACUCAAAGCUCUACUGUGGUCUCAUCUGAGGGUAGUGAUCAUGGUGACCCCAUGAAGCGCCCUUUAGUUGGAAGAAAGAAAAUCAGUGUUUACAGCUUUGGUGUGGUUCUCCUUGAACUUUUGACCGGUAGCCCACCAUUUGGUCCCAUGCAAGAGAUCGAAGAAUGGACGGAGCAAAUUGACUCUUUGGCAAAUCGACGUACAGCAUUUGUGCACGAGAUUGUCGAUGCAAAACUUAAAGAAGACUACCCUCCCAGGGCAGCUGAAAGGAUGGCUGAAAUUGCUUGUUCAUGUCUUCAAUAUCCAUCCGAUCUUCGUCCAGAAAUGAGCGAAGUUCUCAACUCUCUUGAAGAGCUGUUACCAGAAGACUCAAGGAGUUGAAAGUUAUAACUGAGAUUGUAUGUUGGUAUGGUUGUGGUGCAGAUAUCACUCACAAGUUUCCAAGGAUGUUAGUAUUACAGAGGAAGCCUUCUUGCAUUUGAAACUUCUUAACAAAUUUUGAACACUAUCUUUACUUUGAUACAUGUCGUUCAUUGUGUUUUAUUAGUCCAAACUGUAAAAGAGUCUGUUUACUUCACCUUGGUUUUUAUGUCACAGAUAUUGAUUGUUAAGUGUCAUUCAUGAAUGAUUCUAAUUAUAUUUGACAUCAUGCACUGAUUCCCAAAGGUGAAAAAUGACAUACAACUAACUACAUGUAGUAUAACAUUGCUUGAUG